UUUGCUUCUCGCCCUCCUUUUCUUUCCGCUCCAUUUCUCCAGGCUUGUUCGUCUCUUGACUUGGCCUAUGCGGCCAGAGGGAUCAUAGCAUUCCCUGCACUUUCCUUCCUUUUUCCACCGCUUUCUACAGGUCUGUGUCCCAUCUCAUCAGCUAACUUGCGCAGUGCACACUGCUCGAGUGGCUGCCUACCAUCGGACCCGGAGAGCGUCAAACUCAUUUUCUCAUCCGUGCGAUUGCUGGAUCAACGUCUUCUUCUCUCCCGUGACUCGCUGGCUAUCGACAGGUAACGGUGCACCUUCCACUUCGUUCGAGCGCUAGCAGCUCUCUUUGCAUUCGUUCUACGGUAUCAUGCCCACCCAUGUGUGCGAUACCGGCCUCAAUGGAUAUAUCCCUCCUGCCGCGCUCUUGCUGAGCGGCAACUGUGCAGUCAACCUCGUUCUCUCUGAUAUCCCCCUGAUCUCCGUCGGUAUUUUGGUUUUUGGAGCGUCCAUGUUUUUCUUGACUAUCAGGCGCUUCACCGUACCGGCACUUUGCCUCUAUUUUGCAGUUCUCGUCGCAUUUUCGAGCGCCAUACUAGACUUGGGUCAAAUUCUGGUCUUGGAGGCAUCAAGACGCCCCUCCCUGGCUGCCAUACAGACUGCCCAUGGAUUAGUCCUUGCCAGAGAGGUCUUGCUAGCUAUCUCCAUCGGAUUGCUGUUCUUCUUCUAUUGGAUACUGGUUGCGGAGCCAUCUCGUCGCGAGUCCAGACCAUCACCCUUGCUGCAAGGCAGUUGGUCCGACUUUCUCAUCUUGGAAUCCAACGACGGCCUUCAUAGUGGGACAUGGGCUAGGUGGGGCCUUGUCGGAUACACUCUCAAGUAUAUUCUUCUUGUGGCCCCCUUGGUUAUCUCUGUUCUGUCAAUUGUCUGGAGGGCUGACUCUCAGUUCGAUCGAUACAGCAACGUUUACGCCGCAGAAAUUUCACUCGAGCUUAUCGCUUCCAUCUUGCUUGGGCUGAAACUGAUGAUUAACGCACUCGGCGCCUCAUCCACGCUCAAAGAGUAUGCGGCACCAUUGUUCGCCCUUCUUAUCCAUAUAGGAAUCUCCAUAGGAAAUCUCCUAAGCUUUGCUUUCAUCGAGUCUACUCCAGGUCGCUUCCUCUUUGGCGCAGAAAUCUAUGUUCUGAUAGUUCACGCCAUGUCGGCAACUUUUCACCGGAUGCCUCAGGCCUUCCCUAUCACCGAGUUCGAGAUUGAAGAGCCUUAUUUUCAAAGCAUGAAGCUGCCUCGUCAGCCGCGUAGCUCGACCUUCAGAGUUUCGCCCCCGGUGGUUACUACUCCUCGCAUGUCUACUAUCGUCCUCAACCCACCACCGAACUCAGACAGAAAUCCGAGUACAGAAGCUUUACGCCGGGUGGCGCGUGCUUCAAGUGCACGCAUGGCAUCCUGGAUUUCUGGUCGGCUGUCGAGGAGGUUGUCUCGGCGAGUCACAACUCUCGAUGACACCACUCACCUGUGGGCUCGACGAGAUGCUGAGGAAGGCUCGCUAAACUCGUCGUCCGCCAGCGAGAAGGAUGUAUCUCCCCUCUCAGAAGAGUCUAUUGAUUGGAGAAAUCUUGUUAACACAGUUGUGGGUAACUCGUUGCCCGAUUCUCCUGUGGGAACGAGUGCAGCAGCGUCAAGACGUCAGACUGCUCUUAUGAGCAGUAGCCAAGAGCUUGAGUUACCUGCACGACCAGCACCGGCUGCACCACCGAGAUUACGGACAAGUGAACUGGACUUUCAGCUACCCAAUGCUUCAGCCUCGAAUGAGAGUCUGCCAAUGAUGAUCACACCUGCUGAGGCCAAAGCACAGGAUUCACCGAUCUAUAGUCUUCAUGGAAUACUGCCUCGCAUACCUCCACCUCUCCCUCCACCUCCGCCGAUGCAUGACCCCAGCGUUACGUCUUCACCCAGCUCCCGGAGCGACACCUCAAUUGAGGAGCUAUUGCGCCAACAGAAUGAGCUUGAUAAGAGCAUCGCUGCAUUGCGUCUCUUCGCUCACCACAGCUCCGUCUCUCAGAUCUCAGAUUUGGGCGAGUCAGAUGGCGGCCAUGACCCACGGGAAGGUGCUUCAUCCCCAGAUACAAACAGGACGUCGGACUUUUCGCUAAGUCAUUUCCCCAACCCACCUUGGGCGGCUGCUACAACGCCCGGGCCAUCAUCCCCACGUUCAACGUUGACGGUUCCAGGGAGUCGGCAACGUCGAUCGGGCAUAUCUCGACUAUCUAGUGGUGACACAGUGGUCCUCCAACCACCUCGACUACCGGCAGUGGACAUGCCAAGCUCGCCGCAUUCACAGUCAAUCCCUGAAUCGCCCAACCAGGAUACUGACUCGUUAAGCCCGAACGUUGGCAGGCUUGCGCGAUUUAACUCUGGCGGAACACAGUAUGACGUGACAUCGUUCAUAGGUGAUCUGACAACGCCAGGAGGACACAGGAGCGGCUUUCCGGAAAGGCCUUGGGAAACUCACAAGAGGUCCAUCAGUGAAAAUCCUAGCCUCCUAGUACCCCCGUCUAGGAGCAGCUCGCUCGUCAAACCCGCACCUACAGGUCCACGACUCGGACCGGGCCGUUUGUCGGGGCUGCCGUCAUCUCCAGCGAAGUACAGGAACGCGAGUCCGAUAGCCUCGGGAUCCGUUGCGCCGCUCAAAGUGGGCUCUUCAAAGUUAUGCCAAGUGGAAACGAUGCCUACAGAGACGGAGACAAAGACCGCGCCCGACCACUCACGAGCUCCCGGGUCGCCGAAUUCUCCAGAACCAGUCACUGUUGUUUCCAUACAACCGACAAUACCAGAAGUGCCGGCACAGACAUCCCCGAAACGAAUACCUGGUUUGAGAAGCGUGGUAGGUCUACCGGCUAGACCAACCGUAUCUCGCGACAUCAGCGCACCAAAGCCUCUGCCACAGGAUGGCAGAGGCGACCUAGCGCCCCAUGCUUUUGAGCGACCCCGGCCGCCGCCUCUGUUACUGAGACCCUACGCUGGCACCAGUGCUGGUGAGCCAGGCAAUGGAUCAUAGUGGUUUGGAGACCGCAUUUUGCUCUGCGGAAGUGGUGCGAAUGGGAGUGGGACUAAAAGUUUGAGAGCUGUAUCUAGUAUAUGCCUGCUACUUAGCCACGUGGCGCUGAUGUCAUUGUAAUGUUACAAUGUAUUACUAGUUUCGAAUCGCAGCAGCUUGCUUUGCUUGCCUUUUU